GAGGCGGUAGUAAGAUGUCCGAGUGACAGCAGGCUGUCAGAACAGCGAGUAAGGACGUGUUGUGUGUUUGACACGUGAGUCUCCUGACGCAGGACGCUAUACCUGUGAAGGUGCUUCAGGAGGGAGGUCGCCGGACAGUGUAGUAGUGGUGGUGUGCAGUGCGUGAUGGCUCUAGAGCUGGAGCGUCAGCAACAAGUCGCCGCCAUAGCCACCUCCUCUAGCCCGCUCGUGUCCCAAGCUGCUGCUAUAACCAUGGGCGCCCCUGCCGCCCCCGUCAGCCCUGCGUUACCGCCCACGCCGCCCUCACAUGAUGCUCGCAGCCCGCCCCCGUCUACCCAUGAUGCCCGUAGCCCGCCCCCGCCCUCACCACGGCCCCCGCUAGAAUCCAAAAUGCCCCCCUCACCUCCUCCCAGCGGCCAUAGUCCUCGCGCCCUGCCCUUCAGCAUUGAGAACAUCCUGCGGCCAGACUUCGGUGUCACGCGUCUCCCGCAAGAACGCCCGACGAUCCGAACACCAGAACUGCUCCUACGAACGCCGCCGAAGACUCCAGAGGCGCCCGUAGACCUCAGCCAGAAGACGUUACCGAGGAUCCACAACCAGCAGUACUACCAGAUCUCGUCAUCGCCGUCGUCGUCAUCGUCAUCCAGCGUCGGGGGAGGGAACAAGUACCCCGACAACCCCGAGGCGCUGGCCAACCCGAAGGUGCCACAAGACGACACCAACAACUGGCCGGCCUGGGUCUACUGCACCAGAUACUCCGACAGACCUUCUUCAGAACCAAGAGGUCCUCGAUCCCGGCGCAUCAAGCGACGUGACCGCAACCCCGAGGAGAAGCGACCUCGCACCGCCUUCACCUCAGACCAGCUGGCCAGACUCAAGAAGGAGUUUGAUGAGAACAAGUACCUGACGGAGAAGAGGCGGCAGGACCUGGCUAAGGAACUCGGCCUCAACGAGUCCCAGAUCAAGAUAUGGUUCCAGAACAAGAGAGCUAAGAUCAAGAAGUCGACCGGGCAGAAGACUGGCCUCGCUGCUCACCUCAUGGCUCAAGGACUGUACAACCACUCCACCGUGCCUGUGGACGAGGAUGAUCCCUACCUCUGUUAGAGUGACACUGAAAAGCCUGGAGUCUUUUGUGUUGUAUACAGUGUGGCGGGGUUACCCCUUGACAGCUGCCUGGCCAAGACCGCUCCUGCCUGCACGUGAUACUCAGUCAGGACGGCGGUGGAUGACUUAGUAGUUUGUAAUGAGAAGACGCGGCGGGGAUCUUGUGUUCGUCAGUUCCCGCCGUAGUGUUACUGUCCCCAGGGAGGCUUUCCGGCGGUGUACCCGGAACUUCUGUGUAACAUUUACCCAGGCUAUCAUGAUGCCCUAACACAACACACAAACAUAUACAUCGUCUUUAGACCGCUUCUCCGCCAGCUUCACACUCGCUGUCAAGUCCUGAAUGGUGUAAACACUAUUUUGUCGUCAUAAGACUUGAGGCGGGGGGAGAGGGGUGGCGGCGGACCUAAGACGACUAACGUGACACACACCAUGUUACUGCCACCCUGAUAGGCCCUCAUCAUCAAGCCGUUGACCCUGAACCCUUAUAAACCUAUAGGGAUCAUUACCUGAGCCAUCACUACACAGAUCUAACCCUCGAAACUUUCUCCAAUCCUUCAUUUUUUCAAACGAUCUCUAUUGAAGUAUUUUUCUUCAAUAAUUCUCUUUCAUAAUCGACUGAGUUAUUCCUCACACAAAAGGCUUCUCCUCAGGGGUUUAUUUCUCAACGACAAAACUUUUGGGUAAACACUCAACAGUUCAUCCUACCAAGUUAAAUGUUUAUUCUCAUACCACCAAUCCUUCCCUUCAACGUCUCCUACAGUAACUAAUCCUUUCCGGGUCUAAGCACUCCUACACUCAGUUCACAUUCCUCUUCCUCUGCCAACCGAUCAUUCCAGUAUGAACGCUCCAGACACGAAAGAUCUCCUGCCUGGAUGCGGUCAACACCAUAUACCUGAAGUGGCUCUCAAGACGGGCUGCGGUCAACACCAUAUACCUGAAGUGGCUCUCAAGACGGGCUGCGGUCAACAUCAUUCCAGUUACAAGUGUCCAGGAUUAAAAGGACGUCUCUCUAUGGUCGUGGUCAACAGCAGAGGAUUUCCAUAUUUUCGUGGACGCUAAGCUUCUCCCUUUUCCCCCAACACAGUCUUUUUCUUUUUCCCAGAAGACAUCAGCUUCUCCCUUAUGUCCACCAUAUUCUCCUGUCUUCACCAUUCUCCCCACUAUCUCUCCUUAGUCUUGACCCUCUCCCCACCCCCCCCCAUGUCCACCCUCUCCACACCUCGUCCCCUUUCUGUUACCCCUUCCACCACCCCUUCCACCUUUUUUUAUAAUUUAUUCCACUAUUCCUUUUAACAUUGUUCAACGCGCAAGAGAACGUCAAUUGUUAGUGAAUUGGUCUCUCACUUGUGUUUAUGUCUGCUGAACUUUUUCUGAAGAGUACAAAUUAGAUUUUAAUUUCCCCUACAACACUGAUAUAAACGCCUACUGUAUGAUAUGGUCAUUCUUCUGCGUUGCGUUUAAGUUACCUCGUUUACACCUAUAUUUUGUACAGCAUUGAGGAUUAUAAAAGUCCACAUCAAGUCAAAUGUAUAUAAUGUAUAUUUAUCAGAUGUUUAUAUGUUGUAAAUACCUCUUUAAAUUAUUUAUAUGUCUGUGUUGUCGAAUAAACAAUUUUUUUCUUUAA